AUGGAAUCAACAAGAGUCGGCAUCAUUGGCUACGGCUUCUCUGCCAAAUGCUUUCACUUGCCUUUUAUCCUCUCCGUACCUGAGUUCCAGGUCGUUGCAUUCUUUCAGCGCGCAGAGAAACCUCAAGAUCCAACUUCUGCAAAGCCCGGUUCACAUUGUACUGUCAAUCAUCCCAACGCCAAACAUUAUCAAGCAGCCGACGAGUUUUUUGCAGACAGCGACAUUGAUCUCGUUAUCGUUUGCAGUCAUACCGACACGCAUGCCUUGUUCGCUGAGAAGGCGCUGCUCGCUGGGAAGCAUGUUGUCGUUGAAAAGCCAUUUACCAGAACGACCGAAGAGGCUGAUCGUAUCAUCUCUCUCGCCAAGGAGAAGGGAUUGAUUCUUACUUGCUACCAGAAUCGAAGAUGGGACAACGACUUCCAAACUCUCCAAUAUCUCAUCCAGCAUGACGCCCUAGGCGUAAUCAAAGAUGCCCAAAUCCAUUAUGACUUUGAAAAUGCUCCUUGGGUCGCGCGAAUGACCAAGAAAGAAUAUUCCCCGGGAGAAGGCAUGAGCUUCGGCCUAGGUUACCAUUCUCUCGACCAAGCAUUGCUCCUCUUCGGCAGACCGAAAUCAGUAACGGCUUUUCUUCGUGCUGUUCGAGGAAUCGAAAGUGAGAUCGAAGACACGUUCACCAUUAUCCUCCAAUACGACGGGCCGCAGCGAGAGUUACUCGUCACUAUCAAAACGGCGAUCAUCACUGUUAUGCAGGAUCAACUGAAAUUCUUCAUCCGAGGCACCAAGGGGUCGUAUGUGAAGUAUGGAACAUGCAUCCAAGAAUCCCAAAUCUUCACCGGCCUCAAACCGACCACUGCAAACUUCGGGGUCGAAGACUCCCGCCUCCACGGUACUUUGACAACAACAACUUGUUUCGACAAGACUCAAACCUACGAGCCCACAAGCGAGAAAUACAUCGGCGCCUACCCGACGAUUCCGGGCCGGUGGAUGGAAUUUUAUGCGAACCUUGCGGAUGCGAUCUGUGGAAGGGCCGAAAUAGCCGUGAAACCAGAGCAGUCGCGCGAUGGGAUUCGGGUCAUUGAGUUGGCGAGGCUGAGCCAUGAGCAGGGGCGGAGUGUGCCGUGGUCUUGA